GCUACUUUGACCUAACCAUUUGUACUCAGGCACGGAUUAGCACCUUCCUUGGUAGUGGCAUGUAGGAAGAAAUAAUGCUAAGCAGUAUCAAACGCAAACUUGCUCAUCGUUCGAAACAUUCUUCCGAAAGCCGCAAUGGAUUCGUUGGUAAAAAUUCAAAGGAGGAAAACACUGUGAGCGCGUUCGGUGACAACAUGACGGCCAGUUAUGAAAAACUUCGCCUUUCCGGAUCACCCAAACCGCAAUACGUUCCAUUUAUGCCGCAAGACCCUCUGGAAAUUCCAUUCUCCAAUUCAGCUUCCAACAAGGCCGUUGGCGGAGUCAAUCGAAUUCACACCAGUCCCAUCGUAUCGCAACCACAAACCCUACCUAACAGAACCGUGAUUCCAACCGAAAAAAAUCCCGAUUCACCAAAACCGCCCACGACCAAUUCGAACGGCUGUGGUAGCCCAAACUUCCCAAACCCUAACCGCAAUUCUGCUGUCUCAACUUGUCCUAGCUCCCCCCUGAGUGAAGGUAUUCACGGUGGCUCUUCGACUUCUUAUCUUUCCCCAGCUUCUUCAUCCUCUAUGAAUAAAGAUUCACGGACAGAAGAUGAGGAAGAAAAAUUACUCAAAUCGGAUGAACUACGAAAACCCACGAAAGUAGCCAUAACCCGACCCAGCAGUGCUCAAGCACAUAGUUCCACAUCGGUCAUCUCUGCUCCCCAAAAAGUUACUGGUCCCGAUAUUGCAUGCCAAACAAACGGAAGCAACGGAAAUUUUAAUGCGAAAAUUUUAUCCAAUAAUCAAAAUCCGAUUGAAGAACAUUCGUAUUUUGUUUCGAAAAAUGGUGGAGUUCCAACUAAUUCUGGCAAACGAUGUCUUUCUGCACAAUUAGCUGAUAUUCAAAUUGACACAAAUAUACGACCACAUGAGGAUUAUUUCGAUAAUGGUUAUGAACUGUAUGAUAAUUUUCCGAUCGACGGGAAACCUAUUCAACAACAGCCGGUGGUUACCUCUAGUUCCGAUCCCUUACCACAAAGUGACCACCGAAUUGCGCUUUCUAGUCUCACACAAUCCCACACUGUUUCUCCCACUCGGCUCUCUUCGCGUCCCGUCCCACAUUCGUUCUCCUCUCCAAGUUGGAACGGGAGUGCCAUAAUGCAGCAGCCUGCCUCACGAAUGGUUGCCGGAACCACAAUUCAGGAAGAAGAACUGGAAACGGAUGAUUAUCAACCAAACCGACCAGCGCCGACCGACCCCAACUCAUCUUCCGUAUGUACAAUCACCCAAACCGCAAUACGUUCCAUUUAUGCCGCAAGACCCUCUGGAAAUUCCAUUCUCCAAUUCAGCUUCCAACAAGGCCGUUGGCGGAGUCAAUCGAAUUCACACCAGUCCCAUCGUAUCGCAACCACAAACCCUACCUAACAGAACCGUGAUUCCAACCGAAAAAAAUCCCGAUUCACCAAAACCGCCCACGACCAAUUCGAACGGCUGUGGUAGCCCAAACUUCCCAAACCCUAACCGCAAUUCUGCUGUCUCAACUUGUCCUAGCUCCCCCCUGAGUGAAGGUAUUCACGGUGGCUCUUCGACUUCUUAUCUUUCCCCAGCUUCUUCAUCCUCUAUGAAUAAAGAUUCACGGACAGAAGAUGAGGAAGAAAAAUUACUCAAAUCGGAUGAACUACGAAAACCCACGAAAGUAGCCAUAACCCGACCCAGCAGUGCUCAAGCACAUAGUUCCACAUCGGUCAUCUCUGCUCCCCAAAAAGUUACUGGUCCCGAUAUUGCAUGCCAAACAAACGGAAGCAACGGAAAUUUUAAUGCGAAAAUUUUAUCCAAUAAUCAAAAUCCGAUUGAAGAACAUUCGUAUUUUGUUUCGAAAAAUGGUGGAGUUCCAACUAAUUCUGGCAAACGAUGUCUUUCUGCACAAUUAGCUGAUAUUCAAAUUGACACAAAUAUACGACCACAUGAGGAUUAUUUCGAUAAUGGUUAUGAACUGUAUGAUAAUUUUCCGAUCGACGGGAAACCUAUUCAACAACAGCCGGUGGUUACCUCUAGUUCCGAUCCCUUACCACAAAGUGACCACCGAAUUGCGCUUUCUAGUCUCACACAAUCCCACACUGUUUCUCCCACUCGGCUCUCUUCGCGUCCCGUCCCACAUUCGUUCUCCUCUCCAAGUUGGAACGGGAGUGCCAUAAUGCAGCAGCCUGCCUCACGAAUGGUUGCCGGAACCACAAUUCAGGAAGAAGAACUGGAAACGGAUGAUUAUCAACCAAACCGACCAGCGCCGACCGACCCCAACUCAUCUUCCGUAUGUACAAACUUCCCUAGUCACCUGGAUCCGAAGCUGGCAGCCGCUGUCGCCCAGGUUUCUGAUGAAAUCGGAACAUCAGCUGCCGAGUUGGUUGCUGGACUGGCUGAGGUACGACGUCGUCCUGUAGAUGCAAGAAACCGUCUGCGGCGCUUGGGUCAGGAACCAGUAGUGAACCGGUUCCUCCAAAGCAAAGAUGGCACGGAUGCGUUCUCCAGUCGUGUAUCCAAUCGACUGUCAUUGCCAGCCAACAUUAAUCUACCACCACAUUUAUGGCGUCGAGCAACCCAGUUCUUAGAGGAGCCAAUGUCCCGACGUGAAAGACGCUGUUCACUGUCGGAGAUCGGCUUUGGUAAAUCAGAAUCUUAUGCCAAACUGGACAUGCUUGGACAGGGUACCUACGCCACCGUCUAUAAAGGCCGCAGUCUUCUGACAGAAACUUUGGUCGCCUUGAAGGAAAUACGAUUAGAACAUGAGGAAGGGGCUCCAUGCACAGCGAUCCGAGAAGUCAGCUUACUGCGUAAUCUUCAACAUGCCAAUAUUGUGACGCUUCACGACAUCAUUCACACGGAGAAGUCCCUGACCCUGGUGUUUGAAUAUGUGGAACGAGAUCUAAAGCAGUACCUUCACGAUUGUCAUGGAAUUAUGCAUCCAGAUAAUGUACAAUUGUUCCUGUACCAACUUCUACGUGGACUAGACUUUUGUCACAAACGGCGAAUCCUGCAUCGAGAUUUGAAGCCGCAGAAUCUACUCAUCACCGAUCGUGGAGAUCUCAAACUAGCAGACUUCGGCCUGGCUCGUGCCAAGUCGAUCCCAAUAAAAACGUAUUCAAACGAAGUAGUCACUUUAUGGUAUAGACCCCCGGACAUACUACUCGGAUCCACAGAAUACUCGACCCACAUUGAUAUGUGGGGUGUCGGAUGUAUUUUCUACGAAAUGGCCACUGGUUGGCCUCUGUUCCCCGGUUCCACCGUAGAGGAAGAGCUGACGUUGAUUUUCAAACGCUUGGGCACUCCGACCGAGGAGACUUGGCCUGGCGUCACUGACCACCCGGAUUACAGUAAAGCUCUCAAAUAUGGUCCAUAUCCUGGGGAACCCGGGGGACUGCUUCACUCAGCCCCACGUCUUUCUCGCCGUGCUCACACUCUGCUAGCUAGUCUUCUAGUGUUUCCCGGAACACGACGGAUUUCCGCCGCAGAUGCCCUGAAGCAUCCCUACUUUACCGAAUCUGCGCAUCUCCCUGUAGGCGCCCUAGCCGAUCUUCCGCACUCGUCGAGCAUAUUCGAAGUACAGGGAGUGAGAUUGGCAUGUGAUCCUGGUCGGAAUGCCGUCUCUCUCGGGCCCGGUCGAUCCAAACCAUCGAACAACCUUAUCCAGAUUAACGGCUUUAAUGGAAACGGGAAACCAAGGUACAAUCAUACGAGACAAAAAUCCGUGCCCUCUUAUGAACCACUUGGCAAUAACAACUUUCCACCUCAGCGAGUUGUGGUAGACAAUGAAUUCGCUGGUGCGCUCCCACGGGACGUGAGCCGGAAGUUGACCAGGCCACACCAACAACACUUGUACAAUCAGACCAAUGGUAAUCACCACAUAUUUCCCAAAUACCCCUUCCCUGCGGGACAUCCCCCACCUCCCCCUCCACAUCAGGUUUCUUUGGAAAACUCGAUUCAUUUGCAAUCCGACACCGCCCAGGCACAAAUUGGAGGUUUAUUCCAAGUUUCGAAUUCCAUGCGUCGUCCCGUAUCCACUUCAUUCGAGACCGCCCCCUAUUACGUGCCGCAUUCCAACUUGAAUUCGGUUCAUUCACAACAGCUCUCGGUCUUCGAUCCCCCACAUAAUCCUUCCGUGCCCUGUCACACGAAUUCAAAAUCCAGAAUCGUCCUAUCUGGUGUAAAUUCUGUUGAGCAUCAUCCAGUGGGACUUGUCUAUUCGAGACAAUCAGCAAACAAAUUUGAAGAUAGGCGCCGCAGCUUGUUUUCAUAAGCCCAACGACGCUGCACGUUCCUCACGCCCAGUCGAUUACCGUGGGCCCGCCCGUCUCCUCGUCAUCCAAGCCACACUCGCCACACUGACGCAAUCCCCACGACUUAGUCCUCUUUGUUUUCUACCCACCCACCCACACACGCACACACACACAUACACAUAUGUACAGUCGUCAGAGCUACCGCGCGAAAUACAGUUGUUUUAAUCAUUGACUUUAACAUAAUGUGCUUUUGACUUACUUUCUUCACCUACCUUUGACCCUCCUCGUGUUCCCCGAUACACACAAAUCAUGCAUUUUAACUUUAAUUUAUUGCUCUACUUCUUGCUGUCGCUGCUACUCUUAAUACUAUUCUGUUACCAGUCUUACCAUAUACAUAGAAAAUACUGUGCCGCAUACCUGUCAAUCUUAUCAUUACUACUUAGCGUCUCUUCUUUCCAUUCGCCGAUGUUCCAAACUAUACCACUAGGUCAUAACGUGUCGCCUGUAUAUGUGUGUUUGUAUGCGCGGUUACGUACGUGCAUGCAUGCCCACGCGCCACCUAUUAUGAAUACACAUAUCCAUAUAGACCCA